GCGUGACCUUGCAAUAAACUUGGAGCGAGGCCUGUUGUUGGUAGAGGCAUUGUGCCUGGUCGUUUUGCGACCUGGAGUGCGCCUUUCCGGUGGAUGUCGCAAUGCCUUUGAAUCCCUCAAGUUGAAAGUGGUGGCCUGGACGCCCAAUGAUGGAUCAUUUUUGCAAGAAGUCUCUUCAGUCAAGCACGUCAUUUGGUUUGAUUCCACCCCGGAAAGUCUUGACCAGAUGAUUCACUUGGACAACAAGGCAGACCAGGAUGAUUACAUCCUUGGCACUCGUAUGUAUGGCGGAUUUGUGGCAGGCAUUGAGUGGCUGGACCACUGUGUGAAGCAUAAGCUGGUGAUCCGGCCAGUACUUUGCCUGAAGUCUGCAUUGACGUUGAAACAAGAGUUGGUGAUCCACAAGAGCCUGCGUCAGAAGACGUUGGUCGAAACCAUCGCUAAUUGUGUUCAAGCAGACGCUGCAAGAUCGGGUGCUGUCGGCAUGGUGUUCCAUGGUGCCAGGAAAAAAUUGACCAAGAAGAAUUCUUGGUGCGUGGUGGGCAAGGAGCAGCUCAAGAAGCUGAAGGAGGAGCAUGUUGAGAAGAAGCACCUUGGGUAUGUCAUCGACUUCCUAAACUUUAUCUUCCGAUGUACCCUGUAG